AUGUUUGCCAGCAGCACAUGUCACCUUGACGACGGUCUGGAUGAACAGACAACUUUAAACAGACCGUACUCAGAUACAGACGACCUACAAAAUGACCAGUCUUUAGACUACUAUAGAAUAGAUGUUCAGAUAGCUAUAUCAUAUAGAUUAGACCAGUCUUUAGACUACCAUAGAAUAGAUAUUCAGAUAGCUAUAUCAUAUAGAUUAGACCGGUCUUUAGGCUACCAUAAAAUAGAUGUUCAGAUAGCUAUAUCAUAUAGAUUAUACCAGUCUUUAGACUACCAUAGAAUAGAUGUUCAGAUAGCUAUAUCAUAUAGAUUAGACCGGUCUUUAGACUACCAUAGAAUAGAUGUUCAGAUAGCUAUAUCAUAUAGAUUAGACCGGUCUUUAGACUACCAUAGAAUAGAUGUUCAGAUAGCUAUAUCAUAUAGAUUAGACCAGUCUUUAGACUACCAUAGAAUAGAUGUUCAGAUAGCUAUAUCAUAUAGAUUAGACCGGUCUUUAGACUACCAUAGAAUAGAUUCUUUAGAAUACCAUAGAAUAGAUGUUCAGAUAGCUAUAUCAUAUAGAUUAGGCCGGUCUUUAGGCUACCAUAGAAUAGAUGUUCAGAUAGCUAUAUCAUAUAGAUUAGACCAGUCUUUAGACUACUAUAAAAUAGAUGUUCAGAUAGCUAUAUCAUAUAGAUUAGACCGGUCUUUAGACUACCAUAGAAUAGAUGUUCAGAUAGCUAUAUCAUAUAGAUUAGACCAGUCUUUAGAAUACCAUAGAAUAGAUGUUCAGAUAGCUAUAUCAUAUAGAUUAGACCAGUCUUUAGACUACCAUAGAAUAGAUGUUCAGAUAGCUAUAUCAUAUAGAUUAGACCGGUCUUUAGGCUACCAUAGAAUAGAUGUUUAG